ACCUGGCUAGUGAGCAGACGUUUUUUUUUUGAUCGCUCUUGAUUUCUCACGGAUUUUAGGAUAGCCUAGAACUAACUUAAAACUCAUAAGGUGUGUGUUUACACAUCAUGGGUGCAACGGUGGUCGAAGGCGAGCCACACGGUGGCGUAGGCCUACCUUCAUACAUUCAUUCAUUGGAGUUUUCUGGCCUUGAAUGGCAAACUGAUGCCAUGGUCAUGGAUCAAAAAAAUCCAUUCAAGGCCUUAAUGGAUGAAAAAAAGGUGCAAGGUCCUAACAAGGAGAAAUGCCUGUUGGGUAUGAAGGUUUGGCUGCAGACCCAGAUAGGAACGCAGCGUCUGGGACAACACCUGCCCCAACUGACCAGCACUGUCCCCUUAGCUGAAGAGGCUGCGGUGGCGGUGGCGGUUGCUGCCUGCCCCCCUGUGGUGGAUGACGGCUGGACAUCAUUCAUGUUCAGCACGAUCCAUCGGAUGGUGUCCGAGGAGAACGGCCGAGCUGAGCUCUGGGCCACCGUGCUUCAGUUUAAGGAGCAGGCCCUCGUCCAGGAAGCCCAAGCCAAACUGGACCUGCUGUCCUGCCAACCAAGGUGUGGUGAAGAGGCAGGUCAAGACCCUCUUACGGAGAGUUUCCGUGUGACCUCCCAGCUGAUGCACCAGCAGGCCCAGAUGAAGAAGAUUACUCAGGCCAUUCAGGCUGCGAGCGAGGACAGGAAGUUGCUUCUGAAACACCUGACCGACCUCGAGACCCAGAGAGCAUCAAUUAUCCAGUUGCAGAAGCAAGCUGAGGCCUACCGAAAGGCGGCCCAAAUGUCUGAGUCUGUCGUAGAGACCUCAGUUCUGCAACCUGGUCAGAUGCAGCGAACGGACCUGAAGGCCAAGCUGGUCUCUCCCGCAGCAUCUGCUGCUGGCCAGGACACUAAGGUCCUCCACACUGAGGUGCAGGAUGCUGAGGACCAGACCUUUGAACAUGAUCUGAGCCUGAAGGUGGCAAUGGGAGAACACCAGGAGAUGGCAGACAAGUCCUCAUACAACAGUGUUAAGUAUGAAGAGAUCUCCACAAAGUGUGCGAGGAACGGCGCUCUCCGUACUCCACAGUGUGAGGUGGCUUCUAAUGAUGCCACAGUGAUGCCGGACGACAUGGAGGACAGUGACCCUCAGUACAAGGACGACUUUGAGUCCGACGAGGGCGAGGUGGAGGAUGAGGCUGAGACCUGCUCGUCCUUCAGCAGCACUGAUGACUGCGCAGAGUUUCUGUUCACUGACAGUGCCGUGUCUGGUGCGGAGGAGACCCUUGGUCACAACCCGCUGCGGAAGGAGACACCCCGAGGCUCAGUCCUUUCUGACCAGCAGUCGCUGGUCAAGCGUAACCGCGAGGACCAGGCUGGCCCCUCCAAAGUUAGGGCUCAGGACCAAACCUCCUGGAGUGGUAAAGCUGGGCAGGCGUGGUCAAAGUUUCAUUCGAAACUCUGCAGAAUAAGAUCAAAGAGAUACCAGUGGAGGAACACCAGUGGCAUGACCAAGACCGAGAGGCCUACAAUGUGAAGAUCAAGUACGGCAAAGUGUUUUUUGACCACUUAAUGGACAGCACCCUCACAUGCCUGCUUGUCCUUUCAAAAAAGAAAAACAAGACGUCCUAAAGCCCCUCCCAUCUCCUGUGCCCACCCCCACCCCAUUACUCCCUAUUAAAUGUCAUUGCAAAUGUAGUGUUA